AUGCCUGCCCCCAGUUUAGCGACACGACAUUUUACCUUCACCCAUGAAGUGCCGGCGGAUGAUGUUUUUGAAUUGGAAGAAAAUGCCCCGCGUCGCGUUCCCAUCGCUUGUGUGACACUUCAGAUGGUUUCGUUCAACCGUCGUUGUUUUUGGUUUCACAUUGCCAUGACCCGUGAGGGAUUCAGCGCUCCACCACCACCAUUUGGGGCCUGCGCCGUGUCUUUUAGUGGAGUUUCAGGCGACAGUGCCGCUACAACACUCGUUGACGAUACGGCUCUUCCACAGCUUGGUUUUAAAGAAGCACAACAUGAAGUAGGCGUUGGGGCUCCCAAUCCACAGGCGGUGUUUGCAGAUUCCCUCGCGCGUCGGCUCUCGAGGAGGCUGGAGCGAGAGUUUACUUCAGGUGUUGCCGUUUAUGUGGCAUGUGGAAUUAUAGGAGAAAAUCAAUCGGAUCUGUUGGGUACACCUGCAGGUUAUGGAUCUGAAGUGACGAGGCGAUUUGGAGCGGAGGUGUUCAAACAUGCGAUGGAUCUGAUAUGCGAAGAGGGACUGGGAAAAGCCACAGCAGCCUGA